UGAACAUCUAUCAAACACAACCAGGGCAACAAUUCCAUUGCUCAGGCUGUGAGUCUUCGUGCACUGAUUCCAUUUACGCUUGUUGGCCCUGCAACUUCUUCCUCCACGAGCAUUGUGGCAAUGCAAACCGCUAUGUCAAACACCCAUCUCACCCACUUCACCCUCUCUUCCUCUCUCCAUACCCAACUUAUGCCAGUGGCUCCUUCUUCUGCAACGCCUGUGGCGCCCCCGGAAGCUCCUUCUCCUACUGUUGUGCGCCAUGUUGAUCUUCAUGUCCACUGCGCUUUCUUGCCUCCCAAGGUGAAUCACAGACUCCAUCCACAUAAACUCAGUCUCUCUUACGGCGUCCCUGCAGACCAGAAGCUGUCGCCUCAAGCUUGUAAAAUUUGUAACCAAAUGUUGGACUCAAAAAACUGGUCUUAUUACUGUCUCAAAUGUGAGUUUCGUGUGCAUACUUUUUGUGCCACCAAGGAGGUGAAACCAGGGUUGUAUCAGAUGGAUGAGGCCACAGAAUCUGUGGCGGCAGAGGCAGUGGCGGUGGCGGCUGGAAGCUCCACCCAACAGAGUGGUUGUGGAACCAAUGGGGUUGAAGUUGAGACAGAACUAACAGUAGAUGAGGAGGUGCUUGUUGAGUUGUAUAAGCUUCAGCUUCAGAGGCAAAUGAUUGAACAAGCUGCGCAGAUGAUGGCAGCAAUGGCUCUCAGGUUGUUGAUCGAGAUGACACCUGUCUGCCCUUUUGUCAAAGCUGCUCGCCCUGAUGAUGCCUCUUCAAAAAAGCCAAGUGAAAACCAGAAUAAGCAGCAGGUGGCUCAUGAUGGGAAUGUUAAACAAGAGUCUAAUGAAUCUGCCAGCAUCUCUCCAAAGUGCCCCUUUGGAUAUGAUUCUCAAACAUUUAAGCUGGGUCCCCUUAGCUGCAUGAUAUGCCAAGCCCUUCUUUUUGACUGUAGCAAAUGUGUGCCAUGUUCCCAUGUAUAUUGCAAGUAA